AUGGAUACCGAGACGGAACCGCUUCGUGUCAAGGCAACGGGCUUUAAGAGGCGCCACUAUGUGAAGCUCCCGGCGCUCCGCCGGUCCCCCGAGCCCAAACGACCGCCGGGCAGCAUGGCGGAAGCCCCGCUGGUGCCGCGGACGGCCAGCGGAGGCGGCGGCAGCGGAGCAGUGGAUGGGGGGAGCGGAGGCGCGGGGUUGGGGGGAGCCGACAAAGAGGGCGAGCAGGCGUCGCGGAGCGCGUGUCCGUUUGUGGCGCCGACGCUGGCGUUUCUGGUGGCUCGGCGGCGCGCGGUGCUGCUGUGCGCGUCGGCGGCGUGCGCGGCGGUGGCGGCAGGGCUGUUCUGCCUGGUGUACUUCCUCCACCUCGCCUCCUACCAGGUGCCGCGCGCGUGCCGCCUCGCACGCACAAGGGCUCCGUUGGAGGGCGGGCUGGGCAACAGGGCUGGGGCAGGAGGGGGUUGGGCGAAGGGGUUUGGACGAUGCUGGGAGCAGUGUAUCGUGACACUCUGGAUUGCAUUGUCAUGUGUCGGCCGUCUCUGUUGCAUGAUCUUAACGUGUGCGUUGUGGGCGCACGAGUUGGGCAGUGCACUACAAGCAUCGCUGGGAGGGGUGCGCGCGCUGGGAGACACGCUCACAGUGCUGCACGCGGCGGUGGACCAGCAGGCGGCGUUUACGCGCCUGGUGGCCGCCACCGACUACACGCGCCCGCUGCUCGCCUUCCCUCCCCCGGCCCCUCUCGCCGCUGCAGCAGACGCGGGGGCGAGUGGGUGGGGGCAGGGGGCGAGCGCCAUGGGGUAUGCGCUCUCGCUCAACCACUCCUCGCGCGGCGCCGUCCAGAACAGCUUCCUCAACGCCACCUGCAUCUGUCACAUUCCCCUCCACCCCUCAGUCUCUCCCGCUUUUGCAUCCUCUCUUCUCUUCACAUUCUCUCCUCCCCUCACAUUCUCUCCCUCCUCACCUUGUCGCCUCCCCCCCCCAGUAGCUCCGUGCUGCCCAACCGUCCACGUGCACACCAUUCCCGGACCUCCGCCCUAUGCUCACCCUCCGCCUGCCCUCUGCACUCUGUUUGCUGUCCGCCCUGCAUGCAUGUACGCGUUCAGGAAUGUGAGUGGAGAGUGCGCGCCUCAGCAGCAGCACUACCUGCCGCUGCUCCACUACUCGCCCACCCUCGCCACCAUCCUCUCUCACCUCGCCACCGCCAACAGCAGCAGGAGUGGCGUGGGGGCGGCGUAUGUGGGACUGGACAUGCUUUCUGGUGUGUGUGGUGAAGAGGGGGGAAAGGUUUGGAUCGAGUCGUCUGUGCCGUUGCCUGCCAGCCACCCAUGCCAAAGCGCACACCCGACUCGCUACGAGCUUCAUAGAAAUGCCUCUCCCACAGUCAGCACCAGCAUUGCACAUUUGCUGAAGCACAAACCCUGCACGCCAAAAGUCAGCUCCCCUCCUUUUAACCUGCACCUGCGGAUGCCCACCCCCCUCCCCCUCUUCCAUACAGUCCCCCAGCUGGGCCCCGCGGUUGCCGUCUCAUCGCUCUCCGCCCUCUCGGCCCGCCUGCCCUGCACCCUCUCCCCGCCCUUCGCCCCUCGCUUCCCCUUCCCUGACAACUCCUCCUCCGUGCCCACCUCUUCCCCCUCACCCACCACCAUCAAAUCCUCCUCUUCGACCACCACCAGCAGCGGCAGCAGCAGCAGCAGCGACCAAUCAUGGUCGUUCCCUGCUAAUACAUCUUUCUCGUCGUCAUUGGCAGCAGCAGCAGCAGCAGCAGCAGCAGCAGCAGCAGCAGCAGCAGCAGCAGCAGCUGAGUGGCCAGCGGAGCAGCAGCGGAGAGCAGUGGUGGCAUCAGUGCCCGUGUAUGGACGAGCCGUGCCGCCCAACGCCACGUCAGACGAGAUGCAGGCAGCAGUGAUUGGAUUCGUAUUUGCAGUGGCUGACAUGCAGCUCGCCCUCUCGCAGCUCUCUCAGGUACUUCCAUCCCCGCCUCAUGCCAUGCCUCCUCUCACCCGUGCUCCCACUGCUCCUCUUGUCUCAACAUGGCAGUUUAAGCCGAGCUGCCCAACUUGCACUUCGCAUCCCCCACAUCAUCAUCCAUGUGCUGCCCGCCUCCUGCUCCUGCCCCUCUCUCCCUCUCCCCCCUUUCUCCCCCUGUUGCAGGCGCCAUCCAGCGGCAGCAGCAGCUGUGGGUCAGCGGCGCUGCAGCUGCAGCUGCAGGACACCACCGCCCCCACCACCACGCUCGUCCUCGCCCAGUAUCCCCCGCUGCAGCCCCCCGCCGUGCCUGAGGCGCCCUCGUCCUUCCCUGCAGCGCACGUCGUGCCUCUGCCGGCAGUGGGUCGCCAGUACACCCUCGCCUGCAGGUACCAGUCACGGCCGUUCCCGUACAUGGCGGUGGUGUGGCCGUGUGUGGCGGUGGCGGGAGCAGCGCUGGUGGUGGCGGUGGUGUAUGUGGUGGCGGGCGAGGUGGUGCGCGUGGAGGGCGACCUGCAGCGCAUGGCAGCUCUCAAGGAGCAGAUGCGCGCCGCCAAGGUCGCUGCCGAGGCCGCCAGCCGCGCCAAGGGCACCUUCCUCGCCACCAUGAGCCAUGAGAUCCGCACUCCCAUGAACGGCGUCAUCGGCAUGCUGAACCUGCUGCUGCAGACGCCGUUGGACGCGGUGCAGCUGGACUACGUGGAGACGGCGCGCACCAGCGGCAGGGCGCUCUGCUCCCUCAUCAACGACAUCCUCGACCUCUCCAAGAUCGAGGCGGGGCGGAUGGAGUUGGAGAGCAUGAGGGUGGACGUGAGGGCGGAGAUAGACGACGUGCUGAGCAUGUUUGUGGAGCGCACGCGCAACAAGCCGCAGGUCGAGGUGGCCGCGCUCGUGCACGACGCCGUGCCCACGUUUGUGCUGGGCGACGCGCUGCGGCUGCGGCAGGUGCUGAUCAACCUGCUGUCCAACAGCUGCAAGUUCACGGCGCGCGGCCACGUGCUCAUCACCGUGCGCACCGCCGCCCCGCACGACCACCUCGCCGUCCCCGGCGCCCACUUUGCCGACGCCCGCUCCCUCGCCCGCACCUCCCUUGCCGACUCCGACCGCGCUGCUCCCAUCACCAGCGCCGCUGCAGUUACUAACACACCCGGUGCCGAUGGUGCGGGUGCAGCAGGAGGCGGGUGGAGCUCCACCCCUGCCCCAGCUGGAGGUGCUGCCGCAAGUGCAGUGAUGACUGCGCCUGCUGCUGGUGGUGGUGGUGGUGGCAAGACCGUAGUGGCGGAUGCAGGUGGUGCACGGGGAGAAGUGAGUGCGCGUGCUGGGACAGCGCCGGGUGCUGGGACAGCGCCGGGUGCUGGGACAGCGCCGGGUGCUGGGACAGCGCCGGGUGCUGGGACAGCGCCGGGUGCUGGGACAGCGCCGGGUGCUGGGACAGCGCCGGGUGCUGGGACAGCGCCGGGUGCUGGGACAGCGCCGGGUGCUGGGACAGCGCCGGGUGCUGGGACAGCGCCGGGUGCUGGGACAGCGCCGGGUGCUGGGACAGCGCCGGGUGCUGGGACAGCGCCGGGUGCUGGGACAGCGCCGGGUGCUGGGACAGCGCCGGGUGCUGGGACAGCGCCGGGUGCUGGGACAGCGACGGGUGCUGGGACAGCGACGGGUGCUGGGACAGCGACGGGUGCUGGGACAGCGCCGGGUGCAGCGCCUGGAACAACACAACCGGCAAAUGGCAGGAGUGGGGAGGGCGGAGAGGAAACUCGCAGGUUGGGCGGAGGUGACUCAGAUGCAUGGGAGGGAGAGGUACACGGGGAGAAGGACCAGUGUUCGGGUGAGGCGGGCGCAGGGGAGAUGAUUGAUGGGGGCUUCUCCGGCGGCGUCACGCAGGCUCGAGGGGAGUUUGAGACGCUGAGUGGAGUGGAGGCGGUGGAGAGCUGCAACAGCUGGGCGCGCAUCCAGGCACUCAUGGAGCGCCCCCCCCAGGCAGGCCCGCCCCCCGGCCACCUGCAGUGCACGCCUGCUGGGCCGCACAGCAGUGGUGGGGCUGCGGGCAGGGCGGGGGAGCAAGGCGGAGGUGAAGCACAGAGUGGGAUGGUGCGCCUGGUGGUGUCCGUUGAGGACACGGGGCACGGCAUACCGUGGCCGGCGCAGCCUCGUCUGUUUCGGCCGUACGUGCAGGCGGAUAUCAGCACGACGCGCACACACGGCGGCACGGGCAUCGGUCUGUCCAUCUCGCAGCACCUGGUGGCGCUGAUGGGCGGCAAGCUGGCGUUUGUGAGCCGGCCGGGCGUGGGCACCACCUUCUUCUUUGACAUCACGCUGCCCUUUGAGAACCCCCCGGACCCCUCCCAUGACGCCCCCGCCGCUGCUGCUCCUGCUGCCGCCAGCAAGAGAAGAAGUGCCCCCGCACUUGCCUCUCGUGUCUCUGACCUUCAGGGGUGCACAGCGGUGGUGCUGGACGACCGGGCUGUGAGGCGCGCCGUCACAGCCACGUAUCUGCGCCGCCUCAGGCUCAACGUGCUCCUCGCUCGCCGCUGGGAGGACCUCCCCCCACUCCCCGCCCUGCCACUGUCCCCCUCCCCUCCUGCCCCGCCUGCUCCUGCCACUCCCCCCCAAGCUACCCCAACCUCCUCGGGCCCACUGGCAGUGGUGGGCGUGGUGCCCCCUGCACUGCCAGGAGUGGCAGCAGCAUCGCUGGCGGGGCAUGAGAGUGGUGUGGCUCCCCCCUCACAUGCCGGGCCAUCUGUUGCCGCAGGAGUGACGGCAGGCGCAGCGAGCACAGCAGCAGGCAGUGCGGGUGGCGGCGGGGCGGGCCCCCCAGCGGGCAGUGCGUUCCUGCUGGUGGACGCUGAGACACUCGCCCGCCAUGCCCGCGCCUGGCGCCACUCAUUGCCCACGCCACCUGCGCGCACACAUGAGGGAAAGCGGGGCGAGGGGGGCGAGCCUGGGGUUGGAAUGGCAGGCUUGGGCACGGGCAGGGAUGGUGAUGGGGCGUGGGGGGAUGUUGCAGGGGCGGAGGCAGAGGCAGAGGCAGGGGCAGGUGUGGGGCGUGAUGGGGCAGGUGGAGUGGAGUGCGCAGCGCGCAUUGUGCGUGCAGGCAGCGAGAUGACACCCGUCCACCCGUCGUCGCCGGGGAGGGCAGGAGACGAGUCGCCACAGUUCUGUGGGCCCCUGGCAGCCUCUGACGGGGCUGCCACACCCGCCCUCGGCACACUGGCCAUGGAGAGCGUGGCCGCCCAGGCGGGCUUCCACGCCACGCUGCUGAAACCCAUCCGCCGCGCCGCCCUCGUGGGCGCGCUGCUGCAGGCCGCCAAGCACGGCAGCGGCGGGGGCAGCAGCAGCAGUGCACAGGGCGCAGAGGGCGGGCAGGGCACCUUGGGUAGGCGAGGGGAAGGAGGAUCUGAAGGAAGGAGAGGGACAGAAGUGUCAAGUCCUGAUGAUUUCAGAGGCGUGAUGGGUGGGGAGCACGAAUACGUGGUUGUGGUGGACAACGGGGCAGAGGAUGCAUGUGGGGCAGAGGAUGCAUGUGGGGCAGAGGAUGCCUGUGGGGCAGAGGAUGCAUGUGGGGCAGGUGCAGGCGAAGCAGAGAGAGUGGAUGGAGGAGCAUCUGUGGAGUCAGACAUGGCUCUCUUCCCUGUCACGCUCACGGGAAGGAGCGGAAACAAGGAGAUGCAUCUGAAGCAGGUGGAGGCAGGAGAGAGGAGUGGUGGCGAGAGGAGAGUGGCGGUGGAAGGGCGGGGUGGCAGCAGUGCGGCGGUGGCGAGUCCCAGGGCGAGGAGGGUGGCUGAGCGUGCCCCACAGUCGCUGACUCAGAUGCUCACUGCAGUGCUGCAUGGCAAGCACUUUCUGGUGGUGGACGACAACAUGGUGAAUCGCAAGGUGAUAGCCAAGAUGCUGGAGCGAUACAAGGUGCACGUGGUGCCUGUCGUGGGGGGUGCUGUGGCCGUGGCCAAGGUGGUGCCGGGCCACGCCUUCCACUGCAUCCUCAUGGACGUCCAGAUGCCGGGUAUGGACGGAUUCGAAGCCACAAGGCAAAUUCGCAGGCAAGAAGCGAAGUACAGGCUCUCACAGACUCCGAUAUUUGCACUAACAGCGGACAUCUUUGCAGGGACUCGGGAGAAGUGCAUCGAGUCUGGCAUGAACGGCUUCUUGUCAAAGCCUAUAGAGGAGGAGCAGCUGUGGAACGUGAUUUACAAGUACUUUUGCCAUUUGACAGACUCUCUUUUUGUGGAAACGCCUCCAACAAUUAGUCCACCAUUUUAA